GGGAAAGAUGCCUUCGCCUCUCAGCGUGGCUUCUGCGUGUGCGCCGCUGCGCUUCCAUCGGUGGAGGUAGAAAUCGAUCGCGCCGCUGGAAUUUGGAGGGGAAGCGGGUGGCGUGCACCUCCCGGUGGGCUCGAGGCACGUGAAGCUGCUGGCUAGCCUGAUUGAGUUCCAAAGUGUAAGAACACCAAAAUGUCUGUUCUCCGUGGGAAAGGGUCAGCCCGUAAAUCUAAACAAAUUGUGAAAACAUCUUUGAACAACCCCUAUAUUCCACAAUGGUGUACACUGACAGGAGAGGAUAUGCAUUUUGUGUUGCAGGCCUUGGAAGAAGUCAUUAAGCAGACUGGAUUUAAAAAGAUAGAAGAUCGGAAGAGAAUGAAACCCACUUCCAGAAAAAGGCAAAAGAAGGAAGAAGGUUGCAAUCUUCCGAGCGAAGUUAAUGAGGACAAAGGGGCUGAUGACCCAAAAGCACAUGGGUGGUCUGAUGUGCAAAUCAGGAACCAACUUGCUAUUGGAAUCAAUGAAGUAACUAGAGCUUUAGAAAAAAAUGAAUUGGGUCUUGUACUGGUAUGCAAAUCUGCUAAACCUGCCUUGCUAACAUCUCAUCUGAUUCCACUCAGCGCAAGUCGAGCUAUCCCAGCUGGGCAAGUUCCACGUCUCAGCGAAACAUUAGCCCCAAUGCUUGGAUUAACCUCUGUGCUGGCCUUGGGGUUUAAAAGAACUGCUGAUGUGUUUGCAAAGGUCCUUGAAGUAAUUACUCCACGAAUUCCUAGUUUAGAUCUGCCAUGGAUGCAGCAUGGAAUUGAACCAUUUUUAAUAAAUGAUACUGAUGUCGUGACUCCUUCAGCUACUGAAUUCACUGAGUCUACCCCAGUAGGGAGCUCACUCAGUCACAAGUGGAAACUGGCAGAUGACAGCCCGCUCACUUCCCCUACCAUAACUCUUCAGACGCUUAAAGUUAAGAAUGUAGUUCCCAAUCCCAAAAAAUCCCGCAAGCUUCCCAAAACUAAAAAACGUAUUUCAAAGUAACAUUGAUUUCUACAGUUUGCAUUUACGUUUGCCCACCCAAAACUAUGAUAUAUAAUAAUGUCAUAUCACUGAAAACACGUUUUCCAAAUUAGUUUUGAAUUGGAACUGAAACUAGACAUCUGAAGUUGUUUUAAAAGGUAUAUCAAUCUAGAAGGGGCUGCUUAAUAUAUAUAUAAUUUUCUUUUUUUCUUAUUUUUUCUUCAGUU